AUGCCCAGGAAGCCUGGCUGGAAGCGCUCCGAGGCCACGGCCCGGCGCUGGGAGCACAAGCUAGACUUGUCCCGGCGGGGAGUGGAUCAGCUGGCCUUUUCUGGCCUAGCUGUUCAGGUUCCUCGUCAUGAGCAAUGCCCUGAGCCGACCACUCGCCUUGGUUCUGGUUCUCGGCAUUCUGUGAAGAAGCAGAACUGGCCCACUUCGUCGUACGUCGACAAGCCUUGUAAGUGGGUCGUUCCGCCAGUGUUUCCGGACAAAAAGUUUGCAUUUGUCCUUGGAAACUCCCAUCUGCGUGCGAUCGUAGAUGGGUUCGUGCCGAUGCCAGAAGACGGUUUUUCUUUUGGCUUCUGCUCCAUACCCGGUGGUUCUGCCCGGGACAUAUGCAAGGAGCUGUCUUCACAAAUGGCUUGUGAAGACCCACCACUUCAGAGGGAGCCAGACGUCGUGUGUCUCCUCGCUCCUUGCAACAACAUAACAGCCAGCAAGACGGUUACAGAGGCUGCAUCAGAGUUCGCCCGACUCCUCGACGUAGUGUGCAGCCGCUGGCAAGAGGUCUGUGUUCUGGAUUUUCCACCUCGUCUGACAGUAGAGGUGGAGCUCCAACAGGCCCUUAGGGAGGAGUACCGCCGUGUGGCAGCUCGCAGGGAAAUCCGCUACUUUCCUGUGGCUGAGCACUUCCGGAUGGACAAACUCUGGUUGUGGUGCUGGGAUGGUGUCCAUCUGAGUGACAAUCAUGGGAUGGGGGUCUACGCUAAACUGCUGCAGCAGGCGUGCUACCAGCAGCUUGAAGGGAAGGUUCCUACCGUUGUGGUUCCUCCCUCCCCAUCCAAACCGUACACCUGGAGGUAUAAGCCAAGAGUGGUUGUGGCUGGCCCUGAGCCUUCGCCACGCCCACCCCCUCCUGAGUGGACAGUUAUUGGACAAGGCCGAGAGUUAGAAGAGGGAGGGGGAGAGCAAGAGGCAGAGGUAACCCUAAACGAGCAGCUGUUUCUCCCUCUCUGCAUCAUGGACGUUCAGAACACUGGAGAAAUGUUGAAGAACUGGACACUGUUCCCAGACAAUUUCCAUUCCGACCUGUAA